AUGCACUUUGACCACAACCUUUUGCGGAAGCCACCACAUCGUCCUCCCGACCACCACCACCACGCCCUCGUCGAUAUGACUUCCACCGACAAAGGCAAAAGUAAACGACCAGACCCUCCUCACCGCUCUUCGUCUUUCAAUAAACGUCACGCCUCGUUUGAUUCCCCCCGCGAAGUUCCACUCCCUUCCCCCAUGCGUGGGCCUCCCAAUGGCCCUGUUUUCGACGACGACAACGACUGGGAGCUUGUAAAUCCCACCAGCGCCAAGCUCCAGAAGGCGAAACAACCCAAGCAGAAUAUACAGAAUUCAACGCCUUCCGCUACCUCCAUUGCUCCCACAUCCCCCCCUUCAGCCUUCGCAUCAAAACCGUCGAAACUAAAAUCGCACCCACAACCACCACAACAAAGCACGAUUCUUCCCUACUCGAGGCCAUAUUCCCUUCCCGAGGCCCACUCGUAUCAGGGCAGACAGGCGAAUGCAGCAACUUUGCCUCCGCCAACUGUGGAUCGCACUUCGUCAGCCAGUCUACCGUUGCCAAUGCAGGUUCCCUUUUCCGCGCUUCCCAAGGUUAUUACAAAACCUUCAGUCCCAUCUCCGGUUUAUGAACGACCAGCCGCUGAGGCUUCGUUACGACCACCACUUCAUAGUGCUGCAUCGUCAACUUCCUCUGGGAGCUCUGGAAGUCUUCCCUCAGCACCACCGUCGAGAAGUCACAGUCACAGUCCUACUCCAGACUCUACCAGUCCAUCCUCUGUCUCGUAUCCUGCGACGAAACGGGGCCCAGCGCCCAUGCCUCCAGCGGAGCAAACAACAUCACACGGUGGUGUUGCGUCUUACCGGCCACCCAGAACGACUUAUACUCCCGUUCCAACCGCUCCUCCAGACGACAUGACCACUGCGAUCACUCGUACGCCGUCAAUCAGGGGCUCAGCGGCCUCUUUCCCUCCACCGGAACCGCCAGUUAUUUUGCCUGGUGCGGAAGAAGUCGAGUCCACCACGGCCGAGUAUAAGCUCAUUGUUCGUCUGCCAGGCUUCAAACGCGAUGGAAUUACCCUUGCCACAAAAAAACGCCGGAUACUUCAUCUCGUUGCCGACUCUUGGGAAGCAGGAGGUGGUCAUUUUGAGCGUCGAAUUUCUUUUGGGUACGACGCCGAUCUAUCUCAAGUGCGCGCAGAGUUUGACGGAGAGCUCUUGCGGGUCGUUAUCCCUCGAAGAGUUCCUCCCGACAUGGCUGGCGCGACAGUCCCGUCUACAUGA